AUGUCGAACCCGAUUCUCUGGAAACUCGCACAUGGCCUAUGCGUCACAAGCUACGCCUGUAUGUUCGUCGCUAGCUUCAUUGCGUUCGCCGGGACAGACAUCGGCCUGAACGAGGGUUUCAACACGAGCAUAUACAUCCACGCGGCCCCCUGGGGUGCCGCAGCCGUAGCAAUGAUUGGAACAAUCUCGAGCGCUGCCCUAUUUGCUAAGCUUUCUGAACUGGAUGACCCAAAUCAGAAUGAGACGACCGAGAAGCGCCAUUUGAAGCGGCAGACCACUGUUGUGAUUGGGGUCGCGUUCAGUCUGUGCUUGAUCAUCGCGGACAUCAUUACUGCAUCUGCUUUGGCAAAUGCGAGCAAUAUGGUGCGGCACAAUUCUACCACGCCAUUGAAUGUCGACUGGAUUAUAACCGGCGCCAGAAUUAUCAUGGAUCUGUGUAAACUCAUUGAAUGGAGCAAAGAAAUGCACGGAGUUCACUCGCUGUUGGAGGAUGUUGAAAGAAAUGAUGAAAUUGAUGAGCCCUAUAGGGACUGA